AUGUAUCACUUCGGUGCGGCAGCCAGGUUCUAUCGCUCAGCCACGGCCAAAAUCAAGGCUCGGGACCUUCGCGGCAAGAAGAAGGAGGAGCUGUUGAAACAGCUGGACCAUCUGAAGGUGGAGCUUUCCCAGCUGCGCGUCGCCAAAGUGACAGGCGGUGCUGCGGCUUCUAAGCUCUCCAAAAUCCGAGCUGUCCGAAAAUCCAUCGCCCGUGUUCUCACUGUUAUUAACCAGACUCAGAAGGAGAACCUCAGAAAAUAUUUUUAUAAGGACAAGAAGUACAAACCCCUGGAUCUGCGGCCCAAGAAAACACGUGCCAUGCGCCGAAGGCUCAACAAGCACGAGAACCUGAAGACCAAGAAGCAGCAGCAAAAAGAGAGCCUGUACUACCCACUGCGGAAAUACGCAGUCAAGGCCUGA